GGAGCCCCGAGCCGCCAUGGCCGGCAGCGGCAGCGGCGGCGGCAGCGGGCCCGCGCUGGAAACCGUGAGGGGCACCGCGAGCCGGGCUGGGGUCGCGGCCGGGAGGUGGAGCGGGAGGCCGGGCCCUGCUGCUGAGGGAAAGCGGCCUCACGUUGUGCCGGGGAGGGUCAGGCUGGAUAUUAGGGGAAAUUCCUCCACGGACAGGGCUGUUCUGCCCAGGCAGGGGUGGAGUGCUUUAAAUCCUGCAGGGAUUUACAGCCCUGUGGAUGUGGCACCUGGGGACAUGGGUUGGGCUGGCCUCGGCAGUGCUGGGGAAUGGCGUUGCUCGGUGGUCUCGGAGGGCUUUUCCAACCUCAGUGAUUCCGUGCUUCCAUGAUUCUGUCAUUCCCAGACAUUGGCAUUGCCAUCAGGGCAAAUGGUGUCAGGAUGGCUCCAAGGGACGCUCUGUCAUGCUGUGGUGAACAGCAGCAAGUGGAGGUCAGGACUAGCCUGGUUUAAAACUAGGUGGAAUUUUGGAGCUUUCCCUCCUCCCUGAAGGUGUUUUGGUCCCACAGCAGCACCAGAGGUGGCCCAGUGAGAUCUACAACCCUCCUAGUUACUCUGGGGAGCUGAUCCUCACCCUUCAGGUGUCCCCCACCUCAGGGAGGUCACAGCUUCUCUCCUCUCCCACUGGUGACAGAUCCAGGCGGAUGGGACAGAUGGGAACUGCGUCACAUUCGUGCUGCACGACGAGGAUCACACCCUGGGCAACUCCCUGCGCUACAUGGUCAUGAAGAACCCUGACGUGGAGUUCUGUGGCUACUGCAUCACACACCCCUCAGAAAGCAAGAUCAACUUCAGGAUCCAGACCAGAGGAGCUCUUCCUGCUGUGGAGCCAUUCCGGAAGGGGCUGAAUGACCUGAUGGGUGUGUGCCAACAUGUGCUCAACACCUUUGAGAGGAGCAUGAAGGAGUUCAGGGCACAGAAGGAGGAGGAGAUGCAGUAGCCUUUGGGAGUGGCAUGGAUGUGGAACCUCUGUGUGUUGAAUUCCCUGUGUCCAAACAAGGUCGUUUUUGUUGGGGUUUUUUUAUGACUUUGCUGCAAAUUGUAUUUUCUUUAAUAAUAAAAAGUUUAUUAAUUUAGA